AUGAGCCCCUCCGCAGUCGACAUCAACGUCCAGGGCGAGACCGACACCACCGCCGUCGUAAUCCCCAACCCCCUCGACCCCAACGCGCUCGCAGCAUGGCGCAAAACCGGCAGCGUGCCCACGGGCACCGCCGCAAUUUCCAACAGCGACAUGUUCAAGAGCCCCGCCUGUUUCAAUCGCCCCAAAGCCAAACGAUGGGAUCACUAUAUCUCUACUGAGGCGAAAGCGCGCAAACCAUCCUCCCUAAAAGGCGCGGCGAAGUAUUUGUCGCGACCGGGCAUGAUUUCAUUGGGUGGCGGGUUGCCGUCCAGUGAGAGUUUUCCUUUUCAGGAGUUGAGCAUUAAGGUGCCCAAGGCGCCGGGCUUUUCGGAGGAGGAGACGCGUACUUCGGGUACGACGAUAACGGCGGGAAAGCAUGAUAUCAAGGAAGGGAAGAGCUUGUUCGAUUUGGAGGUUGCGCUCAACUAUGGACAGUCAGUAGGGUUUGCGCAGAUGGUUCGAUUUGUUACCGAACAUACAGAGAUUAUUCAUGACCCCCCAUAUUCGGACUGGCAAUGCUGCAUGACCGUCGGAAACACCAUGGCCUGGGACGCGACUCUUAGAAUCCUUUGCGAACGAGGCGACUAUAUCCUCACCGAGGAAUAUGCAUUUGCCAGUGCUUUGGAAACCGCCGCUCCCCUCGGAAUACGCAUCGCCGCGGUCAAAGUGGACGAACAAGGUCUUCUCCCCGACGAUAUGGACGAACUUCUCACAAACUGGGAUGAAAAGGCCCGUGGCGCCGCAAAGCCACAUCUUCUAUACACCGUCCCGUCGGGUCAGAACCCAACUGGUGCAACCCAAAGUGCUCAACGACGUGCAGAUGUUUACAAAGUCUGCCAGAAGCAUGAUGUCUUUAUUGUCGAGGAUGAGCCAUACUAUUUCCUUCAGAUGCAGCCCUACAAGGCCGAUGUGCCUCCUCCAUCUUCCCGCGAGGAAUUUCUGAAAGUCUUGCUGCCGUCUUUCCUUAAGCUUGAUGUUGAUGGCCGUGUCCUUCGUCUCGAGUCGUUCUCCAAGGUUCUCUCCCCAGGAUCUCGUACCGGUUGGAUCGUUGGCUCGGAGCAAGUCGUCGAACGCUUCGCCCGUCAUUUUGAGUCUUCAAACCAAAACCCUAGUGGAUUUGCACAGCUCGCUUUGUUCAAGCUUCUCGACGAAGCUUGGGGUCAUUCGGGCUAUUUGGAUUGGUUGAUGCAUUUGCGUCUUGAAUAUACCCGUCGUCGCGAUGCAUUACUCGAAGCUUGUGAGAAAUAUCUUCCUCAGGAAGUCACCAGCUGGGUUCCGCCAUCCGCCGGCAUGUUUCAAUGGAUCGAGGUCCCCUGGAAACAACACCCCGGCUACGCUCAGGGAAAAUCACAUGCCGAAAUCGAAGAAGCAAUCUUUUUGGCUUCCGUUGACCGCGGCGCAUUGUUGUCGCGUGGAAGCUGGUUCCGCUCCGAUAAGAACAUGCCGGAGGACAAGAUGUUCUUCCGCGCAACGUUUGCGGCGGCGCCGGCGGAUAAGAUGCAGGAAGCUAUUAAGAGGUUCGGCGACGCAUUGAGGGCGGAGUUUGGACUGAAGGCGGAGUAG